UUCUGUCUGCGCAGCGGGCGGCGGUAGCGGCUCGGGCAGUGGCAGAGUCGGCUACGGUGCCUGAGGCCGAGGCAGUGGCUCUCUUGCAGCUCCAGCAGCGGCGGCGAUAAGUAGCAGUUUUCCUUCCCUCCGUACCCGGUCCGCUCGCAGCAGGCCGGCCCUCUCCUCCCCUCCCCUCCCUGCCCCUGCCCUGCCCGCUUUCCUCGGUGCCCGCCUCCCUGCCCUGCCCAGCCCGCCGGCCCCCGGAAUGGAGUUGCCCGGGGGCCCCGGUAUGGCGGGGCCCAGCAACGUCCCUGCCUUCCUGACCAAGCUGUGGACCCUAGUGAGCGAUCCGGAGACAGACCCGCUAAUCUGCUGGAGCCCGAGUGGGAAUAGCUUCCAUGUUUUUGACCAAGGCCAGUUUGCCAAGGAGGUGCUGCCAAAGUACUUCAAGCACAACAACAUGGCCAGCUUCGUUCGGCAGCUCAAUAUGUAUGGCUUUCGGAAGGUUGUCCACAUUGAACAAGGUGGCCUGGUGAAGCCAGAGAAAGAUGACACAGAGUUUCAGCACCCAUACUUUAUCCGGGGCCAGGAGCAGCUCCUAGAGAACAUCAAGAGGAAAGUGACCAGCGUCUCCAGCAUAAAGCAUGAGGAUAUAAAAGUCCGACAGGACAAUGUCACCAAGCUGCUAACAGAUGUUCAAAUGAUGAAGGGCAAACAGGAAAGCAUGGACUCAAAGCUCAUGGCCAUGAAACAUGAGAAUGAAGCCCUAUGGAGAGAGGUUGCCAGCCUUCGGCAGAAGCAUGCCCAACAGCAAAAAGUAGUCAACAAGCUGAUCCAGUUCCUGAUCUCUCUCGUCCAGUCAAACCGGAUCCUGGGGGUGAAGAGGAAGAUCCCCCUGAUGUUGAAUGAUAGCAGUUCGGCACAUUCCAUGCCCAAGUACAGCCGCCAGUACUCCUUAGAGCACGUCCAUGGCUCCUCUCCCUUCACGGCUUCUUCCCCAACCUAUAGUGGCUCCAACCUAUACUCCUCAGACUCCGCAGCCAAUAGUGGACCCAUCAUUUCAGAUGUCACAGAGCUGGCCCAAUCCAGCCCCUCGGCCUCCCCCAGUGGCAGCGUGGAUGAGAGGAUCAGCCCCAUGAUACGAAUCAAGGAGGAGCCUCCCAGUCCACCACGAAGCCCUCAGAUCGAGGAGACCAGUCCAGGCCACCCGCCCUCAGUGGUGGAGACUCCCCUGUCCCCUUGCACCUUCAUUGACUCCAUUCUUCAGGAGAGUGAGCCCAGUACUGCCGCCUCUGUUUCUGGCACCGUGGGUGGGGUCAUCUCCUCUCCACCUCCAGGUCCCCUCCAGACUCCCGAGAAGUGCCUCAGCGUAGCCUGCCUCGACAAAAAUGAGCUUAGUGAGCACCUGGAUACCAUGGACUCCAACCUGGACAACCUACAGACCAUGCUAACCACCCACGGCUUCAGUGUAGAUACCAGCGCCCUACUAGAUCUCUUUAGCCCCUCAAUGUCUGUGACAGACAUGAGCCUGCCUGACCUGGACAGCAGCCUGGCUAGUAUCCAGGAUCUCCUCUCCUCCCAGGAGCAACCAAAGCCUCUGGAGACUGAGACAGGUGGUGCAGACUCAGGGAAGCAGCUGGUGCACUACACAGCCCAGCCCUUGUUCCUGGUAGACUCCAGCACUUUGGACACAACAGGGAAUGACCUGCCCAUCUUCUUCGAACUGGGGGAGGGGCCUUACUUCUCGGAGGGGGAUGACUACACCGAUGACCCCACCAUCUCCCUGCUGUCUGGCUCUGAGCCCACCAAGGCCAAGGACCCUGCCGUCUCCUAAGGCCCCUCUUCCUCUGGGAGGGGGAUCAUCCAGGCAUCAGGGCCCCCCUCCCUUCCUUGCCAACCUUCCUGAGGGUGGGAGAGGGGCACUGUCCCUUGUGUUUGUGCUCAGAGAAGUUGUCAGAAAUCUAAUUUGGGGCCAGACAAGCCUGUUGGAGGGAACCUGGCAACAGAUAGGACCCAGGCCAUAAUUAAGGGGCCACCCACUUGAGCAAGGAGAGAGAGUGUGCCCAAGGGGCUCUUCUGGACAGAGCUUGGUAUAAUGGAAGCAGCCCCAGGUGAGCAGAGGUCAACAGGAGAAAGGACCCCAGCUCCAACACCAUGCAUGCCAUGGGGUGGAACCCUGCCCACCACCUCUCGCAUUUUCCUGUUGCUCCACUGGGCAGCAGCUUAUGCUUGCCCCACUCCUCAUCCCUGGCUCCGUAUGUUCUCCUGUUGGUUGGUUUGGGGUUUUCUCGGUUACACUUUGUACUGGCCCUGCUGACUGUUGAUAGAAUUGUAUUUUGGAUUUUUACACGAGAGAAGUUUAUACUUCUCCCCCUAUAUAGAGAAUAUAUAUAUUAUAUAUAUACAUACAUACAUACAUAUAUAUAUAUGAAGACAGAUCUAUAGAGAGGCUAUAUGGUUGUGGUUUCUCAGCUGAUGGGGAGUGUUAUUCCUGGCAUUCAGGAGGGAGUUACAUUGAACUCAGAUUGGGUUGAGGCUGCUAAGAUGGCUUCAGUAUUUGGGGAAGGAGGCCAGGAAGGGAAGGAAGCAAGAGUCAGGGGCUGGCCUCUUGGCGAGGGAACAUCCCCAAGUGAAAGGGCCCUCUGUUGAGAAGGGGAAGGUACCAAGUCCUGAUGGGUUUAUCUGUGCUCCUUUGGGGUGCGGUGUUUGAAGGGGUGCCCUAGGACCCUCCCCUCCAGGAUUGUACGGUUUAGAGCAGGAAGCAACCAUAAAGACUUUCGAUCCACCCCAUUUUUAUAGGUGAGAAAACAAGCCCAGAGAGGUCGAAAGUGUAUCAUGUAGAAAUGACAGUGGAUUAUUUGUGAUCAUUGGGCUCCAAAUUAGCUGUGUGAUCUUGGCCCAAGUCCCUCAACUCUAGGCCUCACCUUCCUCAUCUUUAAAGCAAACAAGUUGUCCUAGAUUUCUAGUCCCUUCUCUAAAUCAUAGGAUCCUCAGUGACCUACCCAAGGUCACAAAGCUUAGUAAGUGGAACCAGAAUUCGUAAGCAGGUCUUCUAGAUUCCAGAUUCAGGGCUUCACCACACCCCACUGCCUUCUCUUCUCAACCCUUGUCUCCCUUCUCUGCCCGUUUCUCUUGCAGGCCUAUUUCACUGAUUAGGUCCAUGAUGUUUUACCUGGAUUUGCCCCAAAUCCCUGCAGUUUCUUUCUCUUAUUCUGCAUUUCAUCCUUCUGCCCUUUGGGGUGAAGAAAUUUCCCAAAUAAGGGCAUUAGCAUACCAGGCACACUGACCUGAGCUCCCCCCAACCUCCCUGCCACUUACUGUGAUUGAGUCAGUGGACUCCCAUUUAGUAUGGAAGGUAGAUGCAGCGUUCAGAUUUGUAUCAGAAUUUGAAGGACACAGAUUUCCUCUAAGUCACUACAACACACACCUGUCCCUAGUCCACAGCCCUCAUUAGCUAAGGCCAGAUUUUUCUCAGAUAUAUUUAUUGAGGGGAUAGGGCAAAUAUUCCCUAUCACCCAGGAAUAAAGUAGGGAGAGGGAACAGGGUAUAAGGACCACGGACUGAUUCUCAGCAGAGACUCCUGGCAGCAGCUUCAUAGGCCUGUAGGUGAGAAAGGAAAGGAUGUCAGACUGGGGUUUCUCAUUGAGCUGGCUUCCCUUUUGGUGCCCACAUACCACCAAUCCCUGAGGCCUAGGCUGCCAACCAGAUUUCACUUAGGAAAUAGGUCUUGUACCAGGUUAUCAAGCCCCAGUCUCACGUUGCUACACCACCAGCUCUUCUGCUGAGGUCCUCUCCACCUCUGGGGGUAUAAGGAGGGUAUGGAUAAAAUCAAUGUUGGCAGAUCUGUCAUCCAUCCAGUUAAACACAGUAAUGUCUCACCUGUUUCCCCCAUGUCCCCAUAUAUUCCCAGUACUAAAUCGGGGCAGGCCCUUCAUAGAUCUUCCCUUUCAGGCAUUCAUCUGAGGAAUAUUCUGUGGCAGAUGGGAGUUACUUCCUUGGACUCCUCCAGCAUGCCUUUCUUGUGUGUGUGUGUUGGGAAGGUGUGGGGGAAUCUUACCCCGAAUGUUGUCACACCCAGAGCCAAAUGUCCCAUUAAAGAGAAGGGAGUGCAGAAGUCAUGUGCAAACUAAACCUGAAUGAAAAUCCCCUCCAACUAUAUUUCUGGUCAUUCAUCCUUGCUAUGAAAACCUCUCCCAAGAGGGAAUCCUUGUCUUCUAGCUCUGCUAGGCAAAUCUAACCCUCUCUUGCCCAUGGAAAUCCUUCAGGUACUUGAUGAGUGAUGUCUCAACCCUGAUCCUCCAGGUUAAAGACCAAUAAUUCCAUCAGUCCUUUCAAAGCCUACAAUUUGUUCAUUUUUCUGGAUUUCUGCUUCCUGCCCAGUAUCACUUGGUAACCUUUCCUGACACUAUGUACACCUAUACAUCCAUACACACAUUCCCCUCCCCCAGAGUCCCGGUGAAAAGUGCUGAGCUCACCUCGGGCCUUCUGAAAAGGGGAUUCAUCUUCCUCAUCAUCCUCUACUCCCUCCUCUUCCAUGUCUACAAAGAGGAAUUGGGGGGGGGACGCAGGGAGAGAAAGAAGGGUAAAAGGCAUUCUUAGGUCCAGACUGCGUCAUCCCCCAUAUCCCUGCCUUAGGUAGGGGAGCAAAGCCCCAUCAGUGACAGGGUCAUUGCCUUGAUGCUCUGCCUGGAAAA